AAAUAUUGAAUAUAAAAUAACAAAAUCAUAUUGGUUAGUAAAUCUAAAGAUAGGUGAAUCCAAAAAUAACUAUUUUUCUCGUGAAUCGUCAUAUUAAAAACCACAGAUUACAAAAAGAACCUGUCAAAGUCAAAGAAAAGUCGUAUAAAACAGGGUACCACUACAAUAAAAUAAGACAAAAAAACAAAGAAAAGAAAUAAUGAGUCAACGUUCAAACAUGCACUCUUUAUUUAUAUCUAUUUCGUCGUAAAACCAACCCAUAUAUAUACAGACAUAGAUUAUCAACCUUUAUCACUUACCUUUGUUAGCUUCGACUCCAAAAAAAUUAAAAACAACAUUUUGUUAGCUAAACCAAAAAAUAGAAAUAAUCACAUGGAUUACAUUUUGCUCUUAUUGCCACUCGUAUUGUUUCUACUAGCUUACAAAUUCUUAUUCUCAUCUAAGAGUUUCAAUCUUCCACCAGGACCAACUCCCUUUCCCAUCGUCGGCAACCUCCACCUCGUGAAACCACCGGUGCACCGUCUCUUCCGUCGUUUCGCGGAGAAGUACGGUGACAUCUUCUCCCUCCGUUAUGGCUCUCGCCAAGUCGUCGUGAUCUCUUCCUUGCCCCUCGUCAGAGAAUGCUUUACUGGUCAGAACGACGUUAUUUUAACGAACCGACCGCAUUUUCUGACCGCAAAGUACGUUGCUUACGACUACACCACGGUUGGAACCGCCGCAUAUGGCGACCACUGGCGUAAUCUCCGCCGUAUUUGCUCUCUUGAGAUCCUUUCCUCUAACCGUCUCACUGGAUUCCUCUCCGUUCGUAAAGACGAGAUCCGACGAUUGCUCACGAAACUCUCACGUGACUAUAAUGGCCAAGUCGUUGAGCUUGAGCCUCUUCUUGCAGAUUUGACGUUCAAUAAUAUUGUCCGUAUGGUCACUGGGAGACGUUACUACGGAGACCAGGUUCACAACAAGGAAGAAGCGAACCUAUUCAAGAAGCUAGUGACGCAGAUCAACGACAAUAGUGGUGCGAGCCAUCCAGGAGAUUAUUUACCAAUUCUCAAAGUUUUCGGACACGGCUACGAGAAGAAAGUGAAAGCACUCGGCGAAGCCAUGGACACUUUCUUGCAGCGACUGCUCGACGAUUGCCGUAGAGAUGGAGAGAGCAACACAAUGCUUAGUCAUCUGUUGUCUUUACAAGUAGACCAACCCAAGUAUUACAGUGACGUCAUCAUCAAAGGCCUCAUGCUCAGUAUGAUGCUUGCGGGGACGGAUACUGCAGCCGUGACACUAGAAUGGGCGAUGGCGAGUUUGUUGAAAAGUCCUGAAGUGUUGAAGAAGGCGAAAGCCGAGAUAGAUGAUAAGAUUGGACAUGAACGUUUGGUCGACGAACCGGACAUUUUGAAUCUCCCUUAUCUCCAAAACAUAGUUUCCGAGACCUUCCGACUGUGUCCAGCCGCACCACUCCUUGUACCACGUUCUCCUUCUGAAGACCUCAAGAUUGGCGGAUACGACAUACCGCGUGGCACCAUCGUACUAGUGAAUUCUUGGGCCAUCCAUAGAGAUCCAAGGCUUUGGGAUGAGCCUGAGAGGUUCAUGCCAGAGCGUUUUGAGGACAAAGAAGCUGCCAAUAAUAAUAAGCUUAUGAUGUUUGGGAACGGACGAAGGACGUGUCCUGGUGCGGCUUUGGGUCAAAGGAUGGUAUCGUUGGCUUUAGGAUCGUUGAUUCAAUGCUUUGACUGGGAAAAAGUCAACGGUGAGGAAAUUGAUAUGACCGAAAAUUCUGGAAUGGCUAUGCGCAAGCUCGUGCCGUUACGAGCCGUUUGCCAUCAGCGUCCCAUUAUGACUAAUCUUUUGGCUUAAAAUUACUCGGUUCACUCUUUCAUGAUUACUGGUUCGUGUUUUUCGGAUUUCUUUUAUAAUUUGUUUGAUUUUUUGGGUGUGACUAUUAUAAAGAUAAUGUAAGAUUCGAUGAAGAAUGUUGCAAUGUUGUGAAUAAGAUUCGAUAACGAAAGAAGCAAAGAGAUUGCUGAUUCGAUGAAGAAUGUUGCAAUAUCUAAAAAAGCAUGAAAGAAAAACAUGUAAGAAAGUCUCCUCUAUAAAAUCUGUCGGUAGAUGCAUCAAAAAAAAUUCUAAUAUAAGGUAGUGUAAUAUAAACAUAUUUUAAAAAAACAAAUCAUAUCAGAAAAAUGUAUUAAUCUAUUAUCAUAAAUGCUAAAAUAUAUAAUAUUAUAAUAUUUUGUUCCAAGAUUAAAUAUUGUAAGUUUCAUUUCUAAUUUGAAAAUUUAUAUGAUUUUAAAAUUUUAUUGCUACUUUUAAUUAAACUAUCUACUAAGACUAUGUAUAAUGGUUUACAAAUUCAACAUCCAAUUUUCAACAUUUUAACAUUCCAUAUCUUGUUCAAAAAAAACAUUUCAUAUCAUGUUGUCUUUCUUCCACAUAAUUUUCAACACAUAAUUUACUUUUAUAUAUCUUAGACUAUCUUCAAUGGUAGAUAAAUUCAACAUCCUACUUUUUUUGAAAAUAUUCUACAUCAUCUUCUAUUUCUAAUAUUCAUUUCAGUUUUAACAUCUACAAUAAGUUUGUUUAAUAUUCAAACCCUACCCCAUUAUUUUAAAUUCAUAUUUUUUGUUAUCUAUUAUCACUUAAUAACUAGUCAAUUUUUUGAGUGUUAAAAUGAUUAGUAUAUUUUAUCAUUAAAAAGUCAAUUAGUUAAAUUUUGAUGGUAAAAAGGAUUAUUUUUGUGAUCUAUUUAACCAAAAAAUAGUUUAAUCACAAAAUAUUGAUUGAAGGCUAAUACAAAAAUUAUAGUAAAAUUGAAGUUUUUUUAUGUAUCCUAAUAAGGUGAGAAUAGUCUAUAUUUAUAGAUCAUAACAAAUCAUGAAAUUUAAUAUAAUAUUUUUAAAAAAAUCUGUUUACUACAAAAUAAAUGAGUUUCAACAAUUUGAGGAGAAAAAAAUCUCAAAAUUUUUUUUGACAACCAAUGAAAAUAUAACACCUUUCAAAUUGACAAAUGUGUUUCAUUCUUUCAAUUGUCUAGCAUGUGUAUUUCACUUUUUCAAUUUCUUUCCAUUGACAUUUCACUGCCUGUCAUUAUGUCCAUACUUUUGUUGCAUUCAACUAGUUAAAUAAAUUAAAUGUAAUUCACAUACACAUUUUUAUAAUUCAAUAGUCCCAUUGUAUGAAUUAAACAGUUGAAUUUUGGAUCUAAUUACCUCAUUGCUGGUAGUCUUACAAUGAUUUUGUUUAAUAAAAUUCAACAUUCUAUCUCAUUAUUUUUAUUUUCUAUUUUACUUUUAUAUAUUUGUGUAUCUACAUAUUAACAACAAUAAUAAAUUAAACUAAGAUAAAUAACGUUUUUUUAAAAAAAUCUUAUUUUAUAUUUUUGUGUAGUAAAAAAUCAAAUUAGUUUAUUAAAAACUAGUAGAAUUAUAUAUUAAAAUGUGUUUUUAUUAUGUAUCCAAAUAAAAGGAAACAAAUUUUUCUUUGUAAAGUAUGGAAAAUGAUAAAUUUUGAUAUAAAAAAAAAAUUGGCCUACUUAUAAAAAAACUAAUCACAAACAAUCAAAGAUUAAAAAGUAUCAAUAUAUAUCAUAUCUCUUUCUCAUUGAAACAUUCAAAUGGUACUUGUUCAUUUUUUUGUUUUUGUUUUUAAACAAGUAGAAAACAUUUAACUCAUUUGAAUCUACGUACUAUUUUUGCUUUUGUCGACAAGUUCAUUACAGAAAUUCAACAGUUGAAUUAAAUAAUUUAACAGAUCUAUUGCACGUGGUCUAAAUUGUUACUUUCCACUUUUCAUAUUUUCUCAGUUUCUUCUAUUGUCUCAGUUGGUUACUUUCCACUUUUCAUAUUGUCUCAGUUUCUUCUAUUUCUAUUAACACUUGUACAUGAAUAUUUUUAUACCUUGUAAAAUUAUCAGAAUAUCAAUAAAUUAUGUUGACCACAAAACAAACAAGGGGGGGGGGGGGGGGGGGGGGGGGGGGGGUGCUUAUUGAAUUAAAGAUUUCAUAAAAUUUUAGUUUUUCUCCAAAUCCUCCCACCUUAUUGAAUAUGGCAUUCAUAAAAAUUCUUAUAAAUCCAUGGUUAUUGGAUAUAGCAUUUAUAUAAAUCCCAUCAAAUCUCCUUUUAUUGAAAAGUAUGGAUUUCAUCAAAGAUAUAUAUCAAGAAUUAUUCUGAAUUAUUAGAAAAAAAUGAUUUACACUUCAAAUUCAAUAAAAUUAAAUAGCAUGUAAAGAAAUGGAGUUUCAAGAAAAAGCACGUUUAUUUUAUAUCCUCUCUUUAUGCUUUCAAAUUAAAAAUAAAAUGAUCAAAUCAGUUGAAAACCAGAGAAAUGGGUUCGUUGAUCUGAUGUGUUCGUAAAGUGAGAGAGAUGAAGGGGUGAGUGCCUUUCGAAACAAGAAAACCUUUCUUCUCAGGAACUUCUCCUUCACAUCAGAUCAACAACAUUGAAUGGAAGUUCCUCGACACACCAUUUCUCCCUCGAACUUUCCACUUCUUCACAUAUGGACAUUGAUACUGUUGUUGAGUUUUGUACCUUUUAAUCUUAUUUACAUUUCUUAUUUUUGUAUGCGUAUAGACUUGUGUGUUUGCAGUGCGUAAACAAUUGCAAUGACAAAUGGAAUUACUGAAACUUCUUCUGCCUUACAGCAUCAAUUGUGAGACAUGCAUAGUGUUCUUUGUGUUUACUUUAAUUUACUUGAAGACCUUUGUUGUCACAGUCACGAUGAGUUUUUCUUUGCUCGCUUAAUCAAAGUUAUGUGGAAAUCAGUCACUUUUAGAAGAUUACAAUAUUGUUAUGUAUCACCAAGCUUGGUACGAAGAAAAGUUUGUGUUGUCUAUUGUCAUAAAUUAUUAUCUCUUUCUGCGGAAAAAUAAAAGUGAUAUGUGGGGGUUAAUCAAAUAUACAAUUUCUAAUUAGUGUAUUGAGACCCCAUCUUUGCAUAUGUAAUCGAGAAAGAUAUGUGUUGACUGAUGGAGGAGAGUGGUUUGUUACAUAUAUGAUAUACCUAAGGACCAAGGCACAAAUUCCCAAUCUCAGAUAUUUUUUUUUAUCUUAACUUGGCACUAUAAUCCAGAGUAUAAUUUUGAUACUUUUAGAUGUCGUUUUUAUAUUUUCUGGGCAAGCAACAUAUGUGUCAAUUUAAAAAUUAAAAAUCAAAUUAUUCAUUUUUUUUCUUUCCCAAAUCUCCAAAUUCCAUUCUAAUCACCUCCUAAAGACUUGCUCAAAUCCCAAUUUUUUUAUAAAACCACUUCGAAGUUGGUAUAUCUCCAAAUUCCCACAAUUCCACAAAUCAUCAAAUCCAAUAAGCCCCCACAAAAAAAAAUCACACAUUUGAUUUGUCGGAAAGAGAUAAAAAGGGCCACCAUUAAAGAAGAAAGCCCAAAACAAUCCAGAGAACUAUAAGGCCCCAAAACCAAUUAAACGUAAAACUGCAGAUUGUCACUUCCUUCCCCCACGAUUUAACUUCAAGCUAGAGGAGGAGAGGAACCCAGAAGAAGAAUCACUAUCAUCAGUUCUUUCCAAGUUUGAUUUGUAACGAAAGAUUCUGCUUCGAGCAGUGAAAGCAAAUCUGAAGAAGCAGCGAACAUCCUCCAG